UCACUAUUCUUUUCAUUGCCUUUUAGUUCACACACUCUUUUGCAUCUAUUUUUUUCACAACAAAGCUUUGAUCUUUAUAGUUUAUUCUCUCUCUUAACUCUUUCCUAAUUUUCUGCUGAAAUUAGGGUUUUGAAAUGUGGAUUGACAAUGUCACAAUCUGAAGAAGCCCCGAUCUCCGAAACGACUGCUCUAGCCGAUUCCGCCCUUAACGUUGUAGGGCAUAACUCUCCCGAUCCCGAUCCGACUCCGAAUCCCGACGAGUCGCUGAUGCUGUCUGAUCUUAAUAAGAAGGCUGAGGAAUCCGGGCAUGACGAGAGCAGUCUCGAAGAGCAGUUGCAGGACCUUGAUUUGAAGAAGGACGAAGAGGAAGAGGAGGAGGCUGCUGAGACGAAAGACGAUGGAGAGAGAAAAAGCGACAAUGGUUACGACGAUGCUUCUUCUGGCGCUGCCGGAGAAGAAGAAGAUGAGGAGGAUAAAAACGAGGGCGAGAAUGAUGGUGAAAACGUGAAGAGGUAUGAAGCAGUGAGGUCGCUUUAUCCGGUGAGACCAGACGCAGAGGAUUGCGCAUAUUAUAUGAAAACUGGACUUUGUAAAUUUGGGUCUAAUUGCAAGUUUAAUCAUCCUUUUCAAAGGAAGAAUCAGUAUGUUCAGGAAAAAUUCCAGGAAAAUGAUCAACCAAGCCAGACAGAAUGCAAGUAUUACCUAAGAACUGGUGGAUGUAAGUUUGGUAAGGCAUGUAGAUACAAUCACUCAAGGGCUAAAUCUUCAGCGGCUCCAAUUUUAGAACUUAACUUUCUGGGACUCCCUAUCCGACAGGGAGAGAGAGAGUGCCCCUAUUACAUGCGUAAUGGGUCCUGCAAAUAUGGAAUCAACUGCAGGUUCAAUCAUCCUGAUCCUACCACUGCUGGAGGAUGUGACCCACCUGCAGCAUAUGGUAAUGGUGGAUCUGUUUCAUCGCAAGCUGCUUCACAAGUGAAUAUGGCAUCCUGGUCCUCACCAAGGGUAUUGAAUGAGACUCCUACUGCUCCCUAUAUGCCAAUUAUGUUCCCGCCGCCAACUCAAGCUGUUCCACCUCCAAAUCCAGAAUGGAAUGGGUAUCAGGCCCCUGUUUAUCCCACACCUGGAAGGAGUUUGCAUCCAUCCCCAGCAUAUGUCAUGAGCAACCCCUCAACCGAAACCAUUGUCUAUAAUCAACAUCAUCCACAGAUGGUGGUUGAUGAAUUCCCAGUGCGGCCUGGCCAACCCGAGUGCACUUACUUCCUGAAAACUGGGGACUGUAAGUUUAAAUCUAAUUGCAAAUAUCAUCAUCCAAAAGAUCGAUCUGCAAAGCCGGCUCCAUGUGCUCUCAGCGACAAGGGCUUGCCACUGAGACCUGAUCAAAGCAUCUGCUCACACUACAGUCGGUACGGCAUUUGCAAGUUCGGACCAGCCUGUAAAUUUGACCAUUCAAUGCAGGCAGCUCCAACAACGGAAUCUGAACUAGAUCAGCCUCCACCAUUCAGUCAUUCUGCACCAUUAGAGCAAACCCGAAUGGCCAGAAGUAACGGUACUGAUACCGCAGUUCAACAGCCCGUGUAAAAUUAUUUUUCAGUCUAAAUUUUCGUUUUCCGAACUUGAAAACUCUGUUCAACUUAACUUUCACUUGUUCCGUUGGCACAAGCUUUUUUACGGGAUGGCAUUAUACACACAUAUAUGAUGGGUUGUGCUGGUAGUGCUACAAUGCUCAAAUUGCAAUCAGGGUAUGUAAAUUAUCUCAGUUUCACGUCGUUAGGAACUAAUAC